AUGAACGCGUUGCCAAAUCAAGCUCCAUCUACAAAAACUGGCCAUUUCUUGAUGCAAAUGGAGUACUUCGAAUGCGUGGGAGAAUCGGUGCUGCAGCCUUUGCACCGACCGAAGCUAAACUGGUACCAUCGCCGAUUCCGCCACGCUUACCGUGAAACCAUCGCCAAUGAAAUGCGUCAGCGAUUCGAAAUAGCGAAGCUCCGAGCAUUGAUCCAAAAGGUCAUUAAAACCUGUACAAUAUGCAAAGUGAGAAAAGCCUUCCCUAGCCCCCCUGUCAUGGCUCCUCUACCAGAAGUCCGACUGAAACCGUAUGUUCGACCGUUUACAUAUGUUGGCCUUGACUAUUUCGGACCAUUAUUGGUUAAAGUUGGUAGGAGUCAGGUGAAAAGAUGGGUAGCCUUGUUUACUUGUCUCACCAUCCGGGCGGUACACUUGGAGGUCGUGCACAGCCUUUCAACGGAGUCCUGCAUAAUGGCAGUUCGACGCUUUAUGUCACGUCGCGGCUCGCCUGCGGAGUUCUAUACGGAUAACGGAACGUGUUUUCAAGGCGCGAGCAAUCAACUGGAGAAGGAGAAAGUGGAAGCACGCAAUCAAGUACUGGCCACCACAUUUACGAGUGCUAGUACACAGUGGCGUUUCAUUCCACCUGCUGCCCCCCACAUGGGUGGCGCUUGGGAGCGGCUGGUCAAGUCGGUCAAGGUGGCCAUGAGUUCGGUUGCAGAAGCACCACGCACACCAGACGAUGAGGUCCUGGAGACGGUACUGCUCGAGGUGGAGGCACUAAUCAACGCUCGGCCACUCACCUACAUUCCGCUUGAGUUCGCAGACCAGGAGGCUCUCACCCCCAACCAUUUUCUCCUGGGGUCAUCCAACGGAGAUAAGGUUCAACCGUUUGGACCAAUCGCAAAUCCGGCGGUGCUGCGUAGUGGAUGGAGACUAGCGCAGUCUAUCACAGAAGAGUUCUGGGCAAGGUGGCUGAAAGAGUAUAUUCCAGUGAUCACCCGACGAGGGAAAUGGUUCGAAGAAGUGAAAGAUAUCGCGGUAGGGGAUUUGGUACUGGUCGUGAGCGGAACGGCGAGGGACCAGUGGAUCAGAGGACGAGUAGAAGCAGUAGUGCCGGGGCGUGAUGGGAGAGUCCGGCAAGCAUACGUCCGCACAUCAUCCGGGGUUCUACGGCGGCCUGCAGUGAAGUUGGCGGUACUCGACGUGCGAGAGGGCUGUGAACUUCUGUCAGGGGCUCCUGAGGACCGAACAAGGUUCACGGAGGGGGGGAUGUCGCGACAAGACCCCCCUGGUACUGGUCAACUGUGA